CAGCGGCAGCGAUUUCCUUCAACACACACAGUUCAUAUCUUCUUGUUUCCCUCUUAUUCCUCAUUGAUCAAGGUGAAGAAUCGGAACAUGCUUACACUCUCUGCUACGCUCUCACUUUCGCCGAUCGCCACCUCUGAACUCGUUACCGUCUCGAGACACUAAGUCAUGGCUACAUUACUACUGGCACUUACUCUCCUAUCUUUGGUUGCGGCUGGAAUCAUCGUAGCAGGCAACAUGGUCCCCAUCACUCUGUUGGACUCCGCUGUAGCCAGAGGAGCUGUCUGUCUAGACGGCACCCCUCCGGCCUAUGCUUAUAGCCCAGGGUUCGGAGACGGAGUAGACAACUGGCACGUAUACCUACAGGGUGGUGGAUGGUGUGAGAACUCAAGUUCUUGCCUCGAUAGAUCCACUACACUUCAAGGAAGUAGUGCUAAGUUGAAGAAUGGUAAUGAACAACUCAAUGGGAUGCUGGACGACAAUUCCACCUUUAAUCCCGAUUUCUACAAUUGGCACGUGUUCAAAAUCUUCUACUGUGACGGCUCGUCUUUCAUGUCCGAUGUUGAGGACGUAGACCCGAAGCACAACCUGACAUAUAGAGGUGCAAGAAUCUAUGAUGCCAUGAUGGACGAGCUGCUACGAAUUGGCAUGGGAAAUGCUAAAAAUGCUUUAUUGUCAGGCAGUUCGGCAGGUGGAUUAGCCACAAUUUUACAUUGUGACAAGUUUCAAGCACUUUUUCACAAUACAACUAGGGUGAAGUGUCUAUCUGAUUCGGGCUUCUUUAUUCAUGGAGAGCAUUUUGUGGGAGCUGAUUGGAGAGAAGCUUUCUUCUUUGAUGUGGUAUCAGAACAUGGUUUGAUGAAUACGUUACCCACGUCAUGUAUAUCCAAAUUUAGUCCAACUUUGUGUUUAUUUCCUGAAAAUGUGGUCCCAGAUAUCCAAACCCCACUGCUUUUAAUUGAAUCAGCAUUUGAUAUGUAUCAGAUAUCAGAGAAUUUGUACUCUCCGGGUGAUAGAAGCCCGAGAUGGUACAAUUGCACCCAUAACUUGAUGUUUUGCAAUUGGAUUGAGAUAAAAAUCAUGAAAGAUUUUAGGUACACAUUCAUAAAUACGCUGAAAAGUACAAUUAAGAAUAGCUCCUCAAGGAGAGGCUAUUUUGUACAUAGUUGCUACCAACAUGGCCAUAUGGAAUACAAACGCGGUUCGACAUGCUCAUUAUUUGUUGGAAACGGACUUGCUAACAAAACGAUAGGACAAGCCGUGGGAGAUUGGUUUUUCGACCGGAGCGAGUUCCAGGAGAUGGACAUGCUCAAUGACUUGCCACGGGAUUGCAAUGGCUUCGACGACCAACCUACUUUGGAGAAAAAGGUGUAGGGAUUAUUAUAUUCAUCAUUAGAUGGCGAAUGAUAGCUUGUAAAUUUGAAUUUCUAAUUUCAAUUAUGAAUGAAGUGUAAAGUCUAAUUUCAACCUACUUUUGUAACUAGUGUUAAAUUCAGCUUGUUUGUGACAAUAAAUUCAGCUUU